AUGGUGGAGAUUGAAGUGACUAGCAGAGAGGCAAUCAAGCCUUUCUCUACAACCCCUCACCACCUGAAGACCUUCGAUUUAUGCCUCCUCGAUCAAAUGACCCUUAUGUACUAUGCCCCCGUCGUUUUCUUCUACCCAACUGACCAAUUUUGCAAUCCCUCCUUGCCCAUUGAGAGGGCCCCUAGCACACUGAAGGAAUCCCUGCCGGAGGCCCUGGCCCGGUUCUACCCGCUGGCCGGACGGCUUAACCGGAAUAACCUCUGUGUCGAUUGCAACGAUGCCGGCAUCCUCUAUGUUGAGGCCCGUGCAUGCGGCUCGCUCUUGGAAUUCAUUGAGAGCCCUGACAUCGGUCUACUGGACGAGUUCCUCCCGUUGCACGGGCUUGCCCCUGAGCCGCACGAGGAGGCCUUCUUGCUAGGGAUCCAAGUGAGCGUGUUCCCUUGCGGGGGGAUCGUCAUCGGGACGUCCUCCUCGCACAAGGUCAUCGAUGGGACCACGCUGAGUGCCUUCCUCAGGACGUGGGCUGCCAUUGCCACGGGGCGUCCCGAUCAAGCGAUGCGAGCGGAGUGCGCGGCCGCGGCAACCCUAUUCCCGAGGAGCGAGGUGAUGCCUAGUAAUGCCCAGGUAUGGAUCGGGAUCCCGUCCGUGAAGCCCGGGAAGAGCAGCGCGAGGAGAUUUUUAUUCGACACCAAAGCCUUGUCAACCUUGAAAGAGCUUGCCAGGAGUAAAAAUGUUCCAAAACCAACCCAGGUCGAAGCAUUGACAGGAUUCCUCUGGAAACAUGCAAUGAGAGCUUCCGGGGCAGUUGGUGGCAUCGGAUCGCAGUCGGCCCUGGUCCACUCCAUAAAUCUCCGGCGCCGGCUUAAACCGCCUCUUCCCAAGUACGCGAUCGGGAACAUCGACUGGAAGGCAUUCGCGGUCUGCGACUCUCCAGGACUGGAGACCGAGUUACCCUGCCUAGUCGAGUUAGUAAGGAGAUCGAUGGCGAGUGUAAACAGUGAUUACGUGGAGAAACUCCGGGGCGACCGGGCAUUCCUGGGGAUAUCGAAAUGGCUGGAGGAGGUGAACGAGAUCUAUACAAAAGCCAGGAACGACUGUUACACGUUCGUGAGCUGGUGCGGCAUGGGGUUCAAUGAGGUGGACUUUGGUUUGGGAAGGCCUAGAUGGUUAAGUACCGGCAACGUUGGGGAUGAUGCGUUCAAGAACGUGGUCAUCCUGGUGGAGACAUGGUCUGGUGAUGGAAUAGAAGUAUGGAUUGUGCUAGAGGAGCGAGAGAUGGGUUUACUGGAGAAUUAUGGAGAGUUCUUCGAAUUCGCUUCUCCGCGAACCCGCCGGGCUUCGCUGUAG